GUGGGGGAAAAAAUGACAAUGAAAUCCAUUAAAAUGAAAGUUGAAUUUAUUGCUGUGGCUGUGCGAUUUCAUUCUGAUGAGGACUCUUGUCUUUCAGCAAGUCUUCAGCUCCAGUGUGAUAAAAGGACCAUCAUAGCACAUAUUGGCGGUGAACUCAAUCUAAUCUGCCGUUAUGACACAAACCGAUUUCUGUACAGUAAAAAGUACUGGUGUCGAGGGAACUCUAGAAGCACCUGUACGAUUUUGCUAGAUUCAGAAAGUAAAACUCAGAACACAGACAGAUCUUACAUAUUAGAUGCAAGAAGAAGAGGGCUGAUUUUGAAAGUCACAAAUCUCCAAUUUGAAGACUCUGGAGACUACUGGGUUGGGAUUGACACAAUAUCUGCUGACACCAUGACAUCAGUUAAUGUGGUCAUCACUGAAGUUCCGGUAUCUAAACCGAGGCUUCAGCCCUUGAGCUCUCUGGCGGACAGGCUCACGUGUUGGGGGAGGCCGCUGGCCGUGCGCUGUGGCUGCACAGAGGGCACAGGCGUUGGUUACGUCUGGUACCGACGCACACACCACAACGAGCUGUUGAUCCACAACUGGUCCGACUUAUACCUACAAUGUGGCACAGUGCGGGAGGACAGCGAGUAUUACUGCAUCGCCAGUAACGACAUCAGCAGCCAGGAGAGCGAUGUCCUCUCCGUGCAGGUUCUCAUGCCCGCUGACCGCAGCUGCAUCUAUGUCGUCACUCUGCCUGGCCAAUCCUUUUAUAACUGCGAUGACAGAAUGAGCACCACAACGGCCAAACCUCCACCUCCGACUACCUGUCGAGCUACCGUGAACAUCCACUCUGACUCCAGAAACAGAUCUUUACCAAUCAAUCAAACAGAUCAAGAUCCGUUUUUCAGCAGGGCAUGGACAGGAGUGCCAUUGUGGUAUACAUUGCUGCGUUGGUGUUCCUUUGUGUCCAUAUUGAUAUUUAUGUGCAUUGUACUCAAAUGUACAAAAGCAAGAUACAAAAGUGCCAAAAGGAGGAGAAGGGUGUGAACCAGGCCAAUGCCGUAGUUGGCUCAUUUACAUCAUUUUUACAACAGUAGUUCUUUGGAAGUCAUAUCAGCCCAUGUGACAUUGGUUUGUGUUAUUAUUUUUUUUACCAUGGUUCUUUCAUAACAUGUAAUGAUUUGUGAAGAGUCUGGAUCAUAAUGUACAUCAGCAUGUUUAUCAGAGGAUCUCAUUGCAGCGUUUAUCAAACUUAUUAUCGUUUUAGUUUCUCACAAAUAAUAUUUGUUGCAAGUCUCCUUCCUUGCCUU